ACAGCUGGGAUGCGAACCUUUGCACUGUUCUCGUUGUGGGUGCUGGGAACAUCAGCAGUGUUGCCGGACCCCAGCCCAACAACAGAAGAACCCAUCCCGUGUUCCAAGGGAUGCACAUGUUUGUAUGACGACUACAGUGCAGAUCUCAACAUGUACUGCAGUGCUCGGAACUUCACCCACGUCCCAACGGACAUGCCGAGGGGAACACACUCCCUUUGGCUGGAUGGAAACCUUUUCACCGCGUUGCCGGCUGCUUCAUUCAAGGAUCUAAGCAGUCUGGAUUUCCUGAAUUUGCAAAGCGGGCAUCUGGCGACUGUGGAUGCUCAGGCUUUCCGAGGACUACGGUCGCUAGCUCACAUUCACCUUGAGCGCAACCGCCUGCGCACGUUACCAGGUACCGUCUUCCAGCAUACACCGAACCUCGCAUCAAUCAGUCUGCACAACAACCAGCUCGCUCGGGUUGAGGAAAGACUCUUUUCCGGACUUUCUCAUAUGUGGUUCCUCAACCUGGGCUGGAACUUGAUAGCGGUCUUGCCUGAAAAUAUUUUCCAUGACCUGCAGGGUCUGAGAGAACUGGUUCUUGCAGGAAACCGACUCGCCUAUCUGCAGCCGCAACUAUUCCAGAAUCUCGGUGAGCUUAAAGAAUUGGAUCUAACAGGAAAUUUCCUUAAAGUCAUCAAGGCGAAUGUGUUUGUGAAACUCGUGAAGCUACGGAAACUUUACCUAGCCCAGAACCAGAUUGCGACAGUGGCACCGAGAGCUUUUGCAGGCAUGAGAGCCCUCAGAUGGCUGGACCUCACCAACAACAAACUGACCACCCUCCAUGACGAGACCUUCUUAGGCUUGCACAACCUUCUUGUGCUGCGUCUUUCCAACAAUUCUAUCGCUGGAAUUAGGCCCAGGACUUUCCGCGAUCUGCAAUUCUUGGAAGAACUACGACUCAGCCACAACAAAAUUCGUGCUUUGGGAGAAAGGAUAUUUGAAGGACUUGGCCAUCUGGAAGUUCUCGAGCUCGAGCACAAUCAAGUUCAGGAAGCACAAAUGGGGAGCUUCACGGGACUUUCCCAUGUAGCAGUUAUUAACCUGUCUGGAAGCUGCUUCCAGCGUCUACCCGAUCAGGUUUUCAAAGGUCUAUCAAAGUUGCACAGCCUUCAUCUGGACAAAGGCUGCCUGACAAGAAUCACAAAUCAAGCUUUCACAGGGUUAUCGGGUCUACGGAGACUUUUCCUGCAGCACAACAACAUUUCUGUCGUAGAACGCCAGAGCUUCUCAGACCUGGUAGGCUUAGUGGGACUGGACUUAAGUUUUAACAAAUUAGAUGUUCUCAACAGCCACACAUUUUCUGGUCUGAAGAAUCUAGAGUACUUGUUGCUGUCUAACAACGAAUGCCGCCAGUUUCUACACAACGGCACCAUGCAUCUCCUUCCGAGGUUACGUUAUCUCGACCUGAGGGCUAACGCAUUGACGGCUCUCGUCCCUGAUUUCUCUGAGAACAUGGAGAAGCUUCUGCUGUCUGGAAACCGCUGGAAAUGUGACUGCUACAUCCUCCCGUUGCGGAACUACAGCUUAAGAAAUUCCCAGGUUGUCCCUCGGCAAGUAGAGACCCACGCCGAGGGCGAAGAGCCCGACAGUACCAUAACUAUAUAUAACAACAUAACGUGCGCAAGCCCUGCACGCCUAGCAGGUCAAGAUUUACGAGAUAUUGACGCCGAAUUCUUCCAAACAUGCAGAGUAGCACAAUGA